CAUAGUCAUUAUGAAUGGUCUUUAGUGUCAAUCCACCAUAUUUUUGCCAUUUUAUCAUUAUUUUCUCAUUCGUUCAUUCAUUUGUGGCGCUCAUUUUCAUCGUACGCAUUGAAAUCAACGUGAAUAUUUCAAUUGAUGUUCAAUUAUUAUAAAGAGAAAAUAAAAUGCAAGCUCAUCUGUAAAAAAUAGCACAUAGCUAACAGUGAAACUUAAGUACGGUGUGUUGCAAGAGAAAAGAGAGGAGAAGAAAAAAAACGCACAACACCAAGCGUAUGUACUGGAAUACAGUUGUGAUUGGAAGGGGAGAAUACAAAAGCCGAGUCAAAGAAGAAAUAACAAAAAUCAGUCAGUCACUCACUGGAUGGCAACAUAGCACAGAACUCUACCGUGGACCGUGUAUGAAGAAAAUGUGAACAGAAGAGAUAGCAAAUACUAAAGAUGUCAGACGACGUGUGAUUUCUCUCUCUCUCUCUACACUUCUUUCAUUUAUACGUGGAAUUUUUGUCAACGGAACCACAACCACAACUACAACAAGUUUUCUCAAAGUAUAAUUUGUUUUUUGUUUCGUUCAUUCUUUCAUUUUCAUCGGCGGUGCGUUUCCGAUUCAGUGUUCGAUCGAAACAUGAAUAGUGUGGAUGUGGUGUCGGACUUUGAAGCAAGUUCUGAACUCUCAAAAAAUCAUCAGCGUUUACGCAACGAAACGAGAGAACGUUUAAAAAGUCUAUUGGCUAAAACACCUGCAUUACGUGAUUUAAGUUAUGAUGUAACGCCCGAAGAAAUUGCAGCCGAAAUUGCAAUCGUGAAUGGUGAAUCGAUAAAAGUGUAUGUGACACGUGAGCCAUACCAGCAGCUUAAGGUCAUUGUGCCAAAAAAUAGCCGUGUACGCGAUUUAAAAGCGGCCAUUCGACGCACAUUCACAGCCCUUCGAAAUCGGCAACAACAACAACAACAACGCACAACGGAAACUGCCGAAACGAAUGGUGCAAAGCAAUCGGAGCGAAGAAAUUCCAAUGAAACCAUUCCAAACAUCUCAUGGAAAUACAUCUGGCGAACAUAUUAUCUGCAACAUGACACCGCUGUGCUUGCAGAUGAUGAGAUACCACUACGUGACUGUGGUGUACGCAACAAAACCGUAUUGAAUUUUGUGAAAAAAAUCAAAAUCGAUCGCCGAACCCAACGAAAUCAACUAAAAUUCGCAAUGAAAAUGUUGGCGUACGAUGAAUUGAAAAUAGUGACAGCUUUGUUGAAUUCCACAUUUCGUGUGCCGAAUUCAUUAUGCAUAAUUUUAAUUGUGUUGAUUGUGGGGCCGCUGCUGUCGCCGCCGCCGUCAUCGUCGUUGUUGUUGUAUGCAUCGAUAGUCGAAAAUGUGAACAAUCAUAACAUCCGUGUGAAUAGUCACGGGUUUGAAUUGACCCAAACGAAUAAUCUAUUGCGUCAGGAGCAAGUGCAGAAAGUGUGUGCCAAUUUGCAAUUUAAUGGGAUUGUCAAAGACAUAGCAGAAAUACCAGACGAUCAACUCGAUCACAUGAUAAUUGAUGACAAACAUAAAUUUCUCUAUUGCUAUGUGCCGAAAGUGGCAUGCACCAACUGGAAACGAGUUCUAAUGAUGAUGACAGACCAAUGGAAAAAUGGCAACGACCCACUGAAAAUCCCGGCAGCCUUGGCCCACUCAGCCGGGAUGUUUCGCAAAUUCAAUGGCUUAACACCCGACGAACGUGAAACCGUUUUAACACAAUACACGCGUUUCAUCAUCGUUCGCCAUCCAUUCGAGCGUUUGUUGUCAGCCUAUCGCAAUAAAUUGGAAGGAAAUAUGCCAAGUGCUCGAUACUUUCAAGAACGUAUUGGCAGGCAAAUAAUUAAAUCAUUUCGACUAAAUGCAGAAACCGAUUCGUUGAAUCGAGGCCAUGACGUUACAUUCAAUGAAUUCAUUAUGUAUUUGUUAACACCUGAACUGAGUAUGAACAAUCAAGCGAAUCAAUCGUUCAAUUCGUUUAACGAGCAUUGGGAGCCUAUAAAUAAAUUAUGCCAUCCUUGUGCGAUAAAAUAUAAUGUGAUUGGAAAGUACGAGACACUCAUCGAUGAUUCGGCACUUGCACUUCAUUUGGCCGGCGUUAACAUCACCUUUCCGACGAGUCAACGUACAUCGGGCACUGGCGAAUUGUUGCGUGAAUACUUCAAUCGAAUUCCGGUCAGCGUCACCAAAAGUCUGUACAAAUUGUAUGCCGUUGACUUUAAAAUGUUCGGUUAUAGCUUGGAAGAUGUGCUCGGUUAUGAGCUCGAAUAA